CUUACCGACGCCGAUGCGGCAACUGCCUAUUCCGCACGUUCAGCCGCACACGACGCGGCUGACGGACUCGGAUUCGCACUUUCCCAACCACUUUGCGAAUCCGACUCUCGUCUCUCCCCAUUCAUCUCCCACAAGCUCGGCGCCGAACAGAGCCCAGAAUGCCACGACUGAAUCACCGGAAGACGCGCACGGGAUGUCUGUUAUGUAAGCAGCGGAAAGUCAAGUGCGAUGAAGGCAAGCCGCGAUGCAAGGACUGUGUGCGGCACAACAGGACGUGUGAAUACCCCCAGCUCCCCCUGCGAUCCUCCACCCCGAGGCCUGCGGCAGCACGAACUACCCAUGGAUCCAUCAACGGCGAUGCCCAACUCGAUCCUGAUGCCACCCCUCCAACCCCUCUUGUAGACGAUCCCCUGUUGGAGCUCCGCCUCAUGCACGAGUGGACGGCGUACACUUGCAAAACGUUCUCGACCGCCUGGGAUUUCUGGUGUUAUCGAGCGCCUCUUAUUGCUCUCGACGCCCGCUACGCCCUCGAUGCCAUGCUGGCCAUGACUGCCCUGUACGCCUCACGGACUCCGCCAUCCCAACGGUAUUCCUCUUCAGGCCGCAUGGGUGUCUUCAGCGAUCCCGCGCCAGAACAGCCGGCAGAGCAAGACCUGGGCGAUCGCUGGGCGGUAAAGCGACGAGCGUCCGUAGCGGAUCGCAUAGCCAACGUUGCCAGCGACGUCGGCGACGCCAGCGACAACGAACUCGAAGCCUCGCAGCGCAGCGCCAAAUUGCUAACGGCCCACCGCAUGUACUUCGACCGCGCAAUCGAGGGCUACCGGAAAGCGCUCAGCGACCUCAACAUCGAGAACGUCGAAGCCGUCUUCACCGCUUCCAUCCUCGUCUCCUUCAAUGCCCUCUUCACGCUCAGCGAGAACCAAGAGGACAACCCUUUGCAAUCGCUCGAUCCCAGCUUUUGGCUCCGCUUGGCGGGCGGCAGUCGGUGGAUUAGCAGACGAUGGCACGAUAUGGCUGGCAACGCCUGGCUCGCGAAAGCCGGCAUGCUGCACGGCAAACCAGACCUAUCGGACCAGGACGCCCUCUUUGCACCGGAGAAUGGCCGGCCUUUCGAAAAGUUGCUGCACUUCGCCGCCGAUUUCGAGGCCAUGACGCCGGAGGACGUGGAGGCGUACAAACUCACGCUCUACUACAUCGGCGCCAUCUACAAAGGCAUCGUGGAAGGGACGGACUCGCCGUUCGCCACUUGUCGUCGCCUGUCGGCCAUGUCGUCCUGCUGUCCCGAGCGGUUUGUGGAUUUGGUGGAGGCCAGGUUGCCCCGGGCGAUGGUCAUGCUCGCGCACGUGUUUGCCUCUAUGAAGCUCGUCGAUCAGAAUGCAGUGUGGUUUCGAGGGAUUGCUGAACGCCAGGUGCCCAUUAUUUACGAGCAGUUGCCUAAUGCGUGGAAGGAGAUGAUGGUGUGGCCCAUGGCUGUUGCGCGGGGCGAGGUGGAUCGCGAGCCGCUUGAGACGCAACGCGAUGAAAGCGUAACUCACUGAGAUACCGCCACAUCCAUAUUGCCAACGAAUGUAACGAGUCCGAUGAUCCGACGUUGGGUGGCGGGUUGGUUCCGCUUGCCCGAAACAGAAGGAACGUUUCAUGUCCAUUCGCCACAGCCUCGACAUACCUUGAUGUACUACACCACCCAUAACCAAAGUCAUGGCUACCAAUAACGAGACUCAAUCGGGCAUCAAGACCGUCCUCA